CGGCCUCUUGUCAUUUGGGGCCCCUGCUUCAGAAGCUGGUGGUGUCGGAAAACAAUCACAGAAGGAAUCUGUUUCGGCACUUCCGGUUAAGUCUGAUAACUUCCGGGAUGCCGGGCAAUCACAACACAGCUGUUGAGUCCAAGAUGGCGCUCCGCCUGGCAGAGCUGGAGGCUCCGCUGGACGCUGACCGAGCCGGGGACCCGCAGAAAGGGGGUCUGAGGCGGUGCAGAGGCCGACCCAGACUCACGGACACCGACCGAGCUCAGAGGCGCCUCGAGUCCCGGAAGAAGUACGACGUGAGGCGCGUGUACCUGGGAGAGGCGCACCGGCUGUGGAGCGAGCUCCGCCGGAGGACCAGCCUGAGCGAUGCCGGACUGGCCGAGUACCUGAUCCUGCUCCACUCCACCUACGGAGACCAGGACCGGCAGGACCAGAGCGGGAAGAAGUUUGCUGCAGACGCCUCAGUGAAACAGAAAAAAGGCAGGAGGGAGCGAGAGUGCGGCCUGCAGAGCCUGGUGUGCUGGUACCAGGAGCACGCCCGCUCCUGUCCUCACGAGCCGCAGCUGCGAGCCCUGGAGCCUCAGCCCGACGCCUCCACCGCCGCCAUCUGGCACUGCGACUCCAGACACUCCUUUGUGCAACACCUUUUCCCCCCAGCGAGGGAGGCCAGUGACUCCGAGCGUGAGGACGGAGCGCACGGAGAGGGCGACGAGGAGGGCGCAGCCAAACCGGGUGUGCACGUGGCCAAAGGUGCAGUGAGCAGGAGGAGGAGAAAGGAGGCUCACAAACGGUUCAAAGAUGUGGGAGGAAACCUGGAUGUUUCUCAGGUUCAUCGUGCAGCCGUGAGCCCGCCAGAACCGGCUGCAGCUCUGGACCACCAGCCCAGUGUCGAGGCGUCCUCCAAGGACGUCCCCCUGACAGGACCGUCUGUGUGGGACAUGGAGAUGGUCAUGGAGCGACAGCAAGCCUCCCCCGCGGCGGCGUUUCACUCCAUCCCCUCAGAGGAGGAGGAGGAGGAGGAGGAGGAGGAGGAGGAGGAUCUGCGGCGAGGAGACGGACAGGAGGAAAUCAGGACGAUGCCGCACGGAUACGAGUGCGUUACCGUGACGGCGGACUUAGCUGCUAAACUGGAGAAGACAGACGGGGACCCGGUGCUGUCGCAUAGCUUGAGCGGCCCGGUCGCGCUGGGAGCUGAGCCGGAGCCGUCGGUCCCGCCGCCCCUGCAGGUACACGAGCAGAGCGAGCUGUUCGACCCGCAGAGUCUGCAGACGGUGGUGACCAGCUGUGAGAUCCCCGAGCAGAGGAGCGCUUUGGAGGGGUCGCAGUUAAUCAUCAUCACUGGUCCCAGCUACGAGGCCCUGGCAUCAGAGGGCAUCCAGCUCAACAUGGGCGGCGGAAACGUGGAAGAAGUGACCUGCACUGUCAUCGGGGGGGUCACCUACAACCAGGUCUGCACAUCUGACUCCAAACUCAGAGCAGCCGAGGAUGAAGACUCCAUGACAGAUUUGAGAGACAAGCAGCUGCUGCAGCCAGCUGUUGAUGCUCUGGAGCUGAGUGGCGACAGAGAGCUGCAGCGAGGUCUAAGCAGCGUCAGGUCAAAGAGGAACCGGCGAGGUCCGGUCAUCGAGGCAGAUGUGCUCAAGAUGUUCCACUGUCCGUACGAGGGCUGCAGUCAAGUCUACGUCGCCAUCAGCAGCUUUCAGAAUCACGUCAACCUAGUUCACAGGAAAGGGAGGACCAAGGUUUGUCCCCAUCCGGGCUGCGGAAAGAAGUUCUACCUGUCCAACCACCUGCAUCGCCACAUGAUCAUCCACUCAGGCGUGCGAGACUUCAUCUGUGAGACGUGCGGGAAGUCGUUCAAGCGUAAGAAUCACCUGGAGGUCCACAGGCGGACGCACACGGGAGAAACUCCGCUGCAAUGUGAAAUCUGCGGCUACCAGUGUCGCCAGCGUGCGUCCCUGAACUGGCACAUGAAGAAGCACACUCCAGAGGCCCACUACAACUUCACCUGUGACUUCUGUGAGAAGAGGUUCGAGAAGCUGGACAGCGUCAAGUUCCACAAGCUGAAGAGCCACCCGGACAAGCAGGCGACCUGAGGCGCUCCGACCCCAGGUGACAGGAGCUCAGCACGCACGGGCCGGCGUUUCGGACACCAGAGGAAGUAUAAGUAGAGACAGGCUGUCCUUUGCUCCGUCUGUCUGGUCUGGUGUCCAGGACGGUAUGAAGGUGUCCCGUGAGCACACGGGCAGGGGACAGAGUGGGCCGGUGUGGCAGCUGUGCAGGACACGGACUGUUUCAGGGCCCAAACAUCUCUGAACACGUUUGAAAAAAAAAGCCCUUGGCCCCCAGUUUGGAGAAGCAGACAGGAACACUGACACAGAUGCAAAGCAAGACACUGCUGUGGACGAGGGCCGCAGCAAAGCAUAUUUUAGAGUCCUAAAAAAGUCAGAGUGAGUUGAAGUGUAUGCUGUAUUACAUGAAGUCGCCACAGCGCUCUCCUCAAAGCCAGACUCCAUUCAGAAAAACAUACAUUUUACAUCUCUGAACACAGGAGCUGCUCUCCUGCUGCUGAGUUUGGAUUCACUGAAUAACACAAAUUUAACAAUAAACUGGCGGCGCCUGUCUCCGGCAAUAUUAACUCUUAGGGCCCGCUUACGCCUGUCGCUCUGCGCACAGUAUGCCCUUUUCAAAAUCAAGCUUUAAAAAAAUAUAUACAUUAAUAUUAUUUUCUUAUGUCAUUGAGUUAAUUUUUUA